UUGGAUAAUGAUAGUAUUUAAGCUCAGUUCCUCUUUAACAUUCGCCUUCGCGUUUGACACUCUAUUGGAAACGUUAGUCACCAAAGGCUUCAUUAAUCUACUAUUUGUUAAUGAAUCACUGCAGAAUGACGCACAGACAUUUUGUUUGUCCUUUUUAUUAUGCCGAUACUAUUGCCAGUUACAGUAAUGUUGCCAGUAAGUGCACAGUUAAACUUAACAUAGGUUUUUAUCAUAUACUAUGUUAAAAAAACAGCAACGAAUAUAAAUAAAAACACAACAGUCAAAGGCUGGACAGGAUAAGCUCUUGUGGGUUUGAUUAUUAUCGUAUAUAAACCUAAGCUGUAACGAGAACUCUUGAUUGGACCAAUUACACAGUGAAAGGGUUAUUUGUUUUAUAAUGAAGAAUUAUUAGAGUAAUGGCAGAUAAUAGUGAUCACAAUUUAAUUUCUGACUGUAUUGAAGUUAAAUGUAUUUACCUGGUAACCGUAAUGUGCAGAUGCCGACAGCUUUAAUCUAAUAUAGAAUAUAAUUAUAGAUCUUCUAUUAAAAUCAUCAAUAUAAAUCCAAUGUUGCUAAUGAAUAUUGCGAAAAAGGCUACAUUGCCUAUUAGCAUACAAAUAUUAAUGUAUCGUGUCUAUAUUUCCUGACCUUGAUUUUUAUGUAGGAAGCUUCGCACUGUCGUAAGCACUUAUCACACUGCUUGCAAACACACUUGUUUGUCUGUAUGGUGAACGCGUGUCGUUACCACUGUUGACAUCACUUAGAGAUACAUACUCCCAAUUCCCCACCUGCCCGUGCUAUCUGAUUAUUUUUAAUUGUUACAAAAAAUUUGUGCAAAAAUUACAUACUCUUAGUUAAAGCAAAUCUAAGUAGUUACUCGUUUAUGAAUUGGUAUGUUUUCAUAAUAGACCACGAGGGUGUUCCCUGUAAGCUGGGCGUUCUUUGCUGUUGCGUGUUCUAUCACCGCGAAACUUCAUUAUGUAUAUUGGCUUAUAAGCAUUACGCGGCUGCCUUAUUGUUGUCGUAUUUGCAAUUCUGCUAGGCGUCUAUAAUUCCGUCAUUAUUUUCGUACGAAUAACGAUUACUCACGAUGGCAGGAGCGUCGUGGAGGCUGUGGCGAAAGAUAUUUAAGAUAAGCAAAUGCCUAUGGUACUAUAAAUGCGGCUGAUUUCCUAUAAGGCAAAUCAACAUGCCGGAUUUUUUUGAGGAACGCAGAGUCGAAAGUGGGUGGCUCUGAUUCGUAUGUCUAGCCAGAACAGCAGUGGAACUAGGUUAACUAGGUAAAUCAACGAGCACUUGAAGCUAUAUCAGAACGUACUGUUUGCUUUUCUGACUGUUACAAGUAAAUAAACUUAUUUUUUGUAUGUGGUUUAUGUGAGCUUCGGUGUUCAGCUUAUAUCGUUGCAACUUCAAUAAUUCUAUCUCGGAUGCUUUCUCAAGACGAGUGCAAAUAGAAUGUAUGAGUAAAAUACAGAAUAUGGUAAAAGUAGGCUAACAAUGAACCAAGCAAGAAGGAAAAUGAUUUCGAGUUACAAAGAAUAGUAAGCUUGUAGUUCGAAGAGAUUAACUGCAAGCGAAUUUUUAAUUAUAAUCUUUAGUUUCUUUUCAACUCUGGAUUUGUAUCUUCAUCUACUAUAUUAGUUUUGCUACACUUUAGUGUUAAGUAAAUCUUAUUUAUAGUACUUGUAUAUAUAGGGCCUUGCAUUCGUUCUGUGGUUUGUCUUUUGAUAAUGUUAUAUUGAAUCAGCUUGUACGGGCAGCCUUCAAAUUUGCCAAAUCUUUAAAACAAGGAUACGCAUACGUGGCAUACAACGCGUAUCAACUGCAUAAAUAUAUUUACCGUUUGCAGGGUUCGCUACAUCUUGUACAGAAUUCUUCUUCUUGUGCAGGUAUUAGUAACCAACAAAGCAGCUAGCUAGAUCCGGAACGCCUGAGCUUGCAGCCGAUUAAGUAAAAUUUUUACGUGGUUCUGUAUGUAAUAAUUUGCAGUCUACAUAUAUUGAUAUGAAAAAGAAUUUUUGAAAGCUCGCGUCUGUCAAGUAACUGUGGGUGGAUAUGAUUAUACCUGUCUCUCGCGUUAGGCUCCAUGUAAAAGCCUUUUCGAGAAGAUUCGGAUCUGAAAGCGUUCGCCCUGUCCUAAAUUAAACAGAAUUUAUCAAAGUCAGUUUAGCGGGAUCAAGGAUUAAUUCCAAAACCUCGUAUGUAACGAGCGUUCGUGUCGAUGCGGUUCGUUAUUAACAGCAUCGUGGAGUCACCUCUCUAACAGAAACCGCCCUUAUUCUUGGUAUUUAGUUCACCAAUUACAGGUGUUACUGAACUUCGGCACGCAAAACGUGUUUACGCCAGCUUCACUAAGUUAUCGUCUCGAUUAAUAGCAUGACAGAUUUAUGUAUUACCGAUGUGGAUACAGUUUCCUAGUACCAGUAGGGAAACGAUGUGUCAAGUUGGUUUUUUUCUGUUAUGUCUUUGUGUAGUACGCGGAACAGCAACUGUGGCGGCGCCAACCGGCUUACAUCAAGGCGUGAUAAUUAUCCCGUCAAAAAAAGGGGUUCUAUGUGUCGAAGAUAAUCGUCGUCGAGUGCCCUCUGGCACUGUACCGGUUUAUGUGCUUCAAAACUGGACAGAUCUUCGUGUGUUUCUCGAAUCUGCCUCGACUUCGACAAGUCGCAAGAAAAGUCUGCUAAUACUCUAUAAGACGGAUGCAGAUUCGGUUGUUUCAUUUCUACCGCUUGCGAAUGUUCUACGUAAGAGUUUAUUAGCAGAAUUCGCCUGGCUGUCUUCGGUCGACAAGGGAACUGAUAUUCUAAGGCUAAACCCUAUUCGAAUAUACAAUCCGCUACAUGGUCCAUCAUUGGAUCUGCUUUCGAAAAACGCAACUCAUCCAGAGGGCUUCGUGGAAGUGCAAGUAGUAGCGCAAACGGCUGCGAGCCAGACAUUAGCUCUAAUGUAUUUCUGCGUUAUAGCUUUGCUCAUCCUUGGUAUUGGCAGUGCAAAAAUGUACCUCAAAGCCGACCGCGAAUUUUAUUACGUGCAACACCGGCAAGAGGAACGCCAAAGGUCGAUGGAAAAGUCAGAAAUUAUUCGACUUUUGGGCAGAUGGGAAGGCGUUAUGCUUCAUAUGAACUUAGGUUACGUCCUAGUAACACUGCAGCAAAUCUGCCUGAUGCUGCUGGUGCUGUACUAUUUCAAUUGGACACUUACAAUACUCAACCUCGGCUUUCCUAUUUUGUUCAUUAUGGCGUUUGACGAUUUAUUGGGACCGUUAAUCGUUACUGGUAACAUCGGCGUGGUAACAAGCAAUUUAGUAUUUCUCCCUUACAUUCCCGGUAAUCGAAACGUACCAUUACCCUGCAUUAGCCGGGGUAAUCCAAUUCGUCUUCUGUUUCUUGCCGUGCCAGUUACGUCGGCGAUUGUCUGGUAUAUUCACCGAACCAAGUACACCCAAAUAUGGCUUCUGCAUAACUUCAUGGGUUCUACUAUGUGUAUAUGGCUCAUAAGUCUCGUUCGACUACCCUCGCUGUCUGUAGCCGUCGUGAUUGCCGUACUCCUUGCCCUAUAUGAUUUUUUUAUGGUUUACGUGACACCACUAUUCACGUACGACGGUAAGAGCGUCAUGGAGGCUGUGGCAAGGGGCACUAAUGGCGAACAGAUGCCGAUGGUUCUACAAAUGCCACCCUUUACCUAUGGAGCAAACUAUCCAGAGUGUACAGGGCCACUUCAGGGCUUUAUCGGUAUGGGCGAUUUUAUUAUACCCGGUUUUGUUGUAGCCUAUUUUGGAGCCUUCGAUGCGAUGUGUCGCCGAGAACACUGGCUUAAGUUCACCUAUUUGGCAAUGGCAGCGUAUGUUCUCGGCCUCCUCGUGACAUACGGCGUCAAGGAAAUAAUGAAUAUACCACAACCGGCUCUAGUCUACAUAAUACCUUCAUUAUUCAUCAUACUCAUUCCAGCGGCUCUGAUCAGUCGGGUUUGGCACGAAGUCUGGACUGGAGAUUUUCUCGGGAACAAAAAAGUUUCAGAAAAAAAAGAAUAAAAUUUAUGCAGUAUGA